UUGUCAGCUUGUAGGGAAGCCUACUACUUUGUGAACUCCCCUGCGGUCUGCUUAAGGUUGUAAUCUACCAUGCUCCAGCCUCGGCUACUCUCAGGAAUGCAUCAUCAAAGGAUGUAGACAUCAGUCGUCUCUCGUGUUGAUGUUGAUUCUGGGUGAACGUUUUUGAUUGUUUGAUGGGAAUCCUGUCAGAAUCAGGCUCAUGGCGUUUGGAACUGGAAAUGCUCUCAAUGCGCUUUUUAGAACGGACAGCUCAAACCACGCGUGUAUAGUAAAUUCUUCAGUAAUUUACGCAUAGAUUUUUCACUAUAGUAAUAUGUACAUAUUCUGACUUUCCUUUUUGCCACACACGGGCGAAAAAAAUCUAUCGGGAAGAGCUUGAGUUUGCUCUGUGUGUACUACUUUUACUUCAACGAACGACAACAUCAGACUGGAUAUUGAUGGAGCUGGAGAAUAUUGUGGCUAAUACGGUACUGCUAAAGGCAAGAGAGGGAGGAGGAGGGAAGAGGAAAGGCCGCAGUAAGAAAUGGAAGGAGAUCCUGCGCUUCCCCCACAUCAGCCAAUGUACUGAGGUGGGCAACAGCAUCGACCGCGACUACUUGAGCCUCUGUGAGAAGCAGCCCAUAGGCCGCCUGCUGUUCCGCUUGUACUGUGAGACGAGACCUGAGCUGCAGCAAUGCAUUCAGCUGCUGGAUGCAAUGGAAGACUAUGAGGUGACGCCAGACGAGAAGAGGAAGAGCCGAGGCGACCAGAUUAUACGGAAGUUUCUCUCCAAGCAGUCCCCUCAGUGUGUACUUGUGGUGGAGAGUUUUGCCCAGCAGUGCCAAGAGAACCUGGACCUUAGCCCCUGCAAAGAGAUCUUCUGUGACUGUCGCAAGGCUCUUCAUGACUAUCUGAGUGGUGGUCCUUUCUCCGACUACCAGAACAGCAUGUACUUCGACCGCUUUGUGCAGUGGAAGAUGCUGGAGAGGCAAUCAAUCACUAAAGACACAUUUCGACAGUACCGUGUGCUGGGUAAAGGAGGCUUUGGUGAGGUAUGUGCAUGUCAGGUGCGAGCCACGGGGAAGAUGUAUGCCUGCAAGAAGCUGGAGAAGAAGCGGAUUAAGAAGAGGAAGGGCGAGUCCAUGGCACUCAAUGAGAAACAGAUCCUGGAGAAAGUCAACAGCAGAUUUGUGGUGAGCUUAGCAUAUGCCUAUGAGACCAAAGAUGCGCUGUGCCUGGUGCUGACGAUCAUGAAUGGCGGUGACCUGAAGUUCCACAUCUACAACAUGGGCACGCCGGGUUUCGACAGAGACCGCGUACAGUUAUAUGCAGCAGAGAUCUGCUGUGGCCUGGUACACCUGCACCGAGAGAACAUUGUCUACAGGGAUUUAAAACCAGAGAAUAUUCUUUUAGAUGACAAUGGCCACCUCAGAAUAUCUGAUUUGGGAUUGGCUAUCAAGCUGGUGAAUGGCGAGCCAAUCAGAGGCCGUGUAGGCACUGUGGGAUACAUGGCCCCAGAGGUCAUCAACAACGAGAAGUACAGCAUGAGCCCGGACUGGUGGGGCCUGGGCUGCCUCAUCUAUGAGAUGACCGCCGGCCGCUCGCCGUUCCGCGCCCGCAAGGAACGGGUGAAGCGCGAGGAGGUGGAGAAGAGGGUGCUGGAGGAGGAGGAGGAGUACAGCGAUAAGUUCACCGAGGACACCAAAGCCAUCUGCAGGAUGCUGUUGACCAAAGACCCCAAGCAAAGGUUGGGGUGUCAGUCCGACGGGGGAGCGUCAGUGAAAGCUCACCACUUCUUCAAGUGCAUCCACUUUAAGAGGCUGGAGGCCGGCAUCGUCGAACCUUCCUUUGUGCCUGAUCCCAGGGCUGUAUACUGUAAAGAUGUCCUCGACAUUGAGCAGUUCUCCACGGUUAAAGGCGUGAACCUGGACCAAACGGACAAUGACUUCUACUCCAAGUUUGCUACUGGCAGUGUGUCCAUCCCCUGGCAGAAUGAGAUGAUAGAAACAGAGGUCUUCAGUGACCUGAAUGUGUUUGGGCCAGACGGUUCCCGUCCUCCUGACCUGGACUGGAACCAGCCUCCAGAACCUCCCCGCCGCAGGCUACUGGACCGGAUCUUCAGGAGACAUGUGAGCACCCAGAGGUGUCCAUCGCCAACAUCAGAGUCUCGUCUUCCAGUGUGAACUCUGUGGACUCCAUGUCAAACUCUGCCCCCUAGUGGCGGGAGGCCAGAGGAGUGAGACGGAGAGUGUGACAGAGACAGACCGACAGAGAGAGCGAGGCGGAGGACAGAAAGACUGAAUUUCAGCAGGCUGUUCUCAUCUGUCACUGAGCCGGGGUCCGCCAGAAUUCUCCAACCACCCAACCAACCAACCAACUAACUACCAUACCAACGGGCUUGGCAUUGGCCAGGUGCAGACAGACAGACAGACACAGAUAUACAUGCGUGCGCACACACACAGACCUCGGUUGAACUGUUUUAGAGACGCUUUUCAUGAAACAAAUAAGAUUAAACACAAUUUUAGGAAAAAACAUUUCAGUACCCAACACCCUCAUUCUGCCCUGAAUUAACUCGCGCGCACACACACACACACACACACACACACACACACACACACACACACACACACACACACA